CUGCUGCUGCAUUCCCCCUGCCUGCCGCUAGGAAUGCCGAUCGCCUCCCACUUCUCUGUGUGAGAGAGAAAAGCCCCUGCCACUGCCAGGAUCUCCCCUGGAAGCGAUAGUUACGUGUGAAGCCCCGAGACUGGGGAGAACCCAAACCCAGCGGUUCCGGGAGGCAAUUCCCUGGCAGAGCUGUAGCCAUUGUAGCAGGAGCAGCUCCUGAGAUCCGAUGUGCCAAGCAGCCACAGGAACAGCACUUAAUCCUCUAUUAUCUGUAAUGAAAAGUAGAAGUGAAUCACAAGAAAUAACAGUUUUUGGUGACAUUAUGACAAGCCAUCUGAUCUAACCACAGGCCCAAAGCAUUCCAGGGAAUUGAAAGUACUGAAAACUACAUUGAAUACCCUGAGUGCUGACAAAACCUUAGACAUAUCAAGGAGCACCUCAGAAAACUGCUGAGUGAGAUAUGCAAGGGUUGUCAUAGGAAUGCCUCAGAUUUUUUGAUUGUGAUUUAUAUUGCCCAACGAUGCAGCCCUAAGACCCCUUUAAAGAAGCUGAUUCUGAGAGGGCUGCUGAUGAAUCAUUUGUAUUCCCACAUUGGGCUAUUGGACAUCAACAAUGCCAGAGAUAUCAAAGACUUCUGAUAAUAAACCAUGACAAGCAAUUUUAAUUUUCUGUACAAGUUUGCUCUGUUUUAAACUUCAAACAUUUCUCAGAAACAGUUCUCAAAAAUGACAAGUCUGUUUCGCAGAAGCAACAGCAAUGGGAGCUCUAGAAGCACCCCGUCCACUCAGGAACUUAACAAUAGCCGUCCAGUACGGAGGCUGGAGUUUAACCAGGCCAUGGAAGAUUUUAAGACUAUGUUUCCAAAUAUGGAAUAUGACAUCAUUGAGUGUGUGCUGAGAGCCAACAAUGGAGCUGUGGAUGCUACAAUAGAUCAGCUGCUACAGAUGAACCUGGAUGAUGGUGGAUAUGACUACAGUUCUGAUUCUGAUGACAGUAUUCCUCCAGAGAUUUUGGAAAGAACUCUGGAGCCAGAUAGCUCUGAUGAGGAGCCCCCUCCAGUUUAUUCCCCUCCUGCUUAUGACAUGCCUUCAUUUGACAGAUCUAAUCUACAAACACCACCAACUCCUCCUCCUAGGACUGAUGUACUGAGUUCCAGUGGCUCACAAGUAGCAAAACAGUGCAGAAGAUGGAAUCCUCCUUUAGUAGGAAACCUACCAGAUGAUUUUCUACGCAUUUUACCCCAACAGAUGGAUAGUAUUCAGAGUUCCCAAAGUGGUCCUUCCAGUGUUCAUUAUGAGGAUACCAAAAAGGAACAGCAAUCCAUGGAACAGGAAAAGAAAUUGAAGCAGUACCUGGAAGAUGAGCGGAUUGCCCUUUUUCUACAGAAUGAAGAAUUUAUGCGGGAGCUUCAACGUAACAGAGAAUUUAUUUUGGCACUCGAAAGAGAUCGUUUGAAAUAUGAGUCAAAAAAAUCCAAGUCUAACAAUAGUCAAGUCAAUAAGGAUUUCAGCUUUUGCCCUUCAAUAUCUGCAGAUGAAUUCCAGGCCAUUUCAGGAAGUUGUGAUUCUAACAGUACUGUAUCUGAAGAUGCCUUAUUUAGAGAUAAAUUGAAACACAUGGGCAAGUCUACAAGGAAGAAAUUGUUUGAAAUCGCCAGAGCUUUUUCAGAGAAAACGAAAAUGAGGAAGUCGAAAAGGAAACUUUUGCUCAAGCAUCAGAUCCUUGGAACAGCUGCCUCCACAGCAAACCUUCUGGAUAAUGUUGAAGUUCAUUCAUGCGAUGAAGAUGCGCAGACAAAGUCAAGACAGCAGAGCCGUGAAGAAAAUGAAACACUGAAAGGACAACCAAAGUCCUAAUUCCAGGCCCUUUGUGAAGAAAACUGCUCAUCAAAGCAAGAGGAAAUAGAUUUGGAUUUUGUGCUUCAGUUACUUUUCUUUUCUUUGUACAAACACAAAUACAAGGCACAAUUUUUUAAUAUGUCAUAAUUGCAGCCAAACCGCAAUAUUUGUAGCAGUCAUACUGCUGAAAUAUAGUGGUAAAAUGGCACAACAUAUUACCUAGAUCAUUUUCAUCUGUAUUAUUUUGUAUUUUAUUUUGUCAGGGAUACAAUUCCUCUUUCUGUAUGAAAACAAAAAUAUUAAGGAAAUUUCUGUGCACAACACAAAAGCUGUUGAUUUUCUUUUGAAUAACACGAAAUGACCAAGUGCAAUAAACAAAUAAUUUUUAUGUUAUAUGUUUGUGGGGGAAGAAACACUUGUCUUUAUCUAACCCAUAGGCUUGCAAACUCUGGGGCUGCCCCCUAAGGGGCUUGAAGGAAUUUAUUAGGGGCACACCUGAAGGUGAGAUUUGCCUUGCAUACAGUAUGUAUCUGCCUUACUGGUUAGCUGUGGUGCUAUAGCAGUGUGGCUGUCAACAGUAUUUCCAGAUAUCUGUAACUUUGUGGGACCUGACUAAAUGUUAGACCAUAAAGGAAGGGCUUCAAGCCUAAUAAUUUGAAACCCUUUGAUCAGAUGGGUGUUUUGUCAUAUGCCGCUGUAUAAAGCCGUGAUGAUACAACAUCCUUGACUUGACUAUUCACAAGUGUAAAGGGAAAGGGCAAAAGAAAAUUACUCACUCAAGUAGCAGAACUGCUGCUCCCUCUCCUAUAAGAAGAAUCCAAUAGAACGUUUUUUUACAGCAUUAUAAGAUUUUGAUAUUUAUUUUUUUAACAGUUUUUUUUGUGCAGGAUUUAUACAAAAUCACUAAAGACUUUUACUUUGAAUGAAUGUUUAUUAUUUUUCUGAUAAUAGUUAAGACUUGUUUAAGUCAUUUGAAGAAUAGUCCCAAAGGGUAUGUAAACUGGGUUAAUUUCCCAGGCCCUGCUCUGUAGCAAUGUAUGGGGUUCCAGCCUGCACCAUUGAUUUAUCUUUUGACUGCAGGUAGCCUGUAGUGGGGAAGGAGAUCACCUUUUGCGUAGUAAGGUAGCAUACAGUGUUGAACUGGGGACCUACCAGGGCUGCUGCCUCAUGGGCCCCCACACCCUUCCGGGACCCAUGCCCCCUCCUGUGCAUUCGUUUUCUUCUCACAGCUGCAAACGGGACCAAGGAAGAAGCUGCAUUUGUUUCAGACAAGGAGCGGGUCUCUGACCAGUCUGACCCUGGUGGCAUAUAACAUUGACAAUGCAACCAUUUGCACCAGGAGGAAUUAAUUCCUAGAAAGGCUUAGCCUCCCAAAAAGAUGCCAGCUGUCCUGUAAAUGCAAUCUAUUAUUAUCCUCCCCAAACUACAAUUUCACCUUCCUCCCCUGCUUUCACAUACAUUGCUGAGCAUCAGCUGGAUGCCCACUGGUUGGAUAGUCCUGUAUAGUUCUGGCCCCAGACAGCCUUUAUUUACUGAGGCCUCCUGCCUUGAUCAUGAACAGAAACAUAGUGGGUGAAGUCAGCAAAAUAUCUCUGUGAAACAAAGCUGUCUGUUUUGUGGAAUCUUUUUACAAAAGAAGGUACUGUAAUUUCCUUUUAACAAUCCUUUAAAUUAUAACUAACAACAUGUAUUACUGUAUAAAUAAUGAAAUCACCUCCAACAUAUCUCGUUUUUUUAAUUUAAAAUUAUCCAUUGUAAUAAAAGCUUUUUGAGAAGGCAGGCCCAGAUUUGUGGAGAGGCCACAGAGGCCCAGGCCUAGGGUGGCGAAAUUUGUGGUCGGUGGGCGCUAGGACCACAAGGCCUCGGGGCGCCGUUGAUGGAAAUCCGGCCCUGUGAGAAGGGCUUCUUCAGAACAAGUAUAAAACAUGUAGUGACUAUAUAUAUUUUGUACUCAUGGUAAAAUAAACUAAACUGAUUGUUUAUUAUAGUAAAGUAAAGAGCAUUGUCACUAUGGUUGCAUCAGAAACAGACAUUUAUUGUAUGUAUCAUACGUUAUGCAGUAUGGUGUCAAGACAGAUUUAGAUUUGUAAAGUA